AUGUACCCUAGUAGCCCGGACAACCGAAGAGCACCGCCCCCUUCCCUUCGCCCCACCCCUCGCAAGGCGGAUGAAGGCAGAGCAGGCAGGGGGCGCUGGGGCUCCCACGGGCGGGGAUGGGGCUUCGGAGCUGUUCCUGGUGCUGACCUGGCGGGCAGACCCACCGCCCCCGCCCCGCCUGCUCUCGUGGCCCUCCCCCGCCACGCCGGGAGCCGCGCUGCCGAAGGGCCGCGCGUGAUACAGCUCUCCGGCCCCCACUGGGCGGCGGCGCAGGCGCAUUCUCACCCGCCAACCCACGCGCCUGCGCAGUACUGCGCCGGCACUUCCGCCUUCCCUCUGUCCCGUCCCGGCCGAGGGCGACUGGGGCUUGUUCUCCGUCCUCAGCCCCGUCGUGUACCAUCCCCUGCCCCGCUCCCGCAGGAGCUCAGCUUUUCCCUCGGCUGCAGACGGGCAGCAGCUCCACUCCUCCUGCCCUCGCCGUGCAGGGCUGGGCCCAAGCCCCGCGCGGCAGCCAUGCCGCCGGCGGCAGCCGCCGCCCCCAUGAUCAGCUCAGUGCAGAAGCUGGUGCUGUACGAGACCAGGGCUAGAUAUUUUCUCGUUGGAAGUAAUCCUGCAGAGACCAAAUACCGUGUUUUGAAAAUAGAUCGCACUGAACCAAAGGAUUUGGUUAUAAUCGAUGAUAAGCAUGUGUAUACGCAACAAGAAGUGAGGGAACUUCUUGGCCGUUUAGACCUGGGAAACAGAACAAAGAUUGGGCAGAAGGGUUCUUCUGGAUUAUCUCGAGCUGUCUCUGCUUUUGGUGUAGUAGGGUUUGUCAGGUUUUUAGAAGGCUACUACAUUGUGCUAAUAACAAAAAGAAGAAAAAUGGCAGAUAUUGGAGGUCAUGCAAUAUACAAAAUAGAAGACACAAAUAUGAUCUACAUUCCAAAUGACUCUGUAAGGGUUACUCAUCCUGAUGAAGCCAGGUAUCUGAGAAUCUUUCAAAAUGUGGACCUUUCUAGCAACUUCUAUUUUAGUUACAGCUAUGAUCUAUCUCACUCCCUUCAGUAUAAUCUUACUGUCCUGAGAAUGCCACUUGAGACAUUAAAAACUGAAACAACCCAAACUCGACAAGAGAGUUUUGAUAUAUUUGAAGAUGAAGGACUUCCAACACAGGGUGGAAGUGGUGUAUUUGGGAUUUGCAGUAAGCCUUAUGAAAAGUAUGUGUGGAAUGGCAAGCUUCUGGAGGCUGUAAAAAAUACUGUUCAUCGUGACUGGCUGCUGUAUAUUAUUCAUGGAUUCUGUGGACAAUCAAAACUGUUAAUAUACGGUCGGCCUAUAUAUGUCACUCUGAUAGCCAGAAGAUCAAGCAAAUUUGCUGGAACACGUUUUCUGAAACGAGGAGCAAACUGUGAGGGAGAUGUUGCUAAUGAAGUGGAAACUGAACAAAUUCUUUAUGAUGCUUCAGUUAUGUCAUUUUCUGCGGGGAGUUAUUCUUCCUAUGUUCAAGUUCGAGGAUCUGUUCCUCUGUACUGGUCUCAAGAUAUUUCAACUAUGAUGCCUAAGCCACCCAUAACAUUGGACCAAGCAGAUCCUUUUGCACAUGUUGCUGCUCUUCACUUCGACCAAAUGCUUCAGAGAUUUGGCUCUCCCAUUAUUAUUUUAAAUCUUGUGAAGGAGCGUGAAAAAAGAAAGCAUGAAAGAAUUCUCAGUGAAGAACUUGUUGCUGCUGUGACAUAUCUCAACCAGUUCUUACCCCCAGAGCAUGCAAUUAUAUAUAUACCCUGGGAUAUGGCCAAAUACACAAAAAGCAAACUUUGCAACGUCCUUGAUAGACUGAAUGUGAUUGCAGAAAGUGUAGUAAAGAAGACUGGAUUUUUUGUAAAUCGACCUGAUUCCUACUGCAGUAUCUUACGCCCAGAUGAAAAGUGGAACGAGCUGGGAGGUUCUGUUGUUUCCACCGGACGCUUGCAGACUGGAGUACUCCGAACCAAUUGUGUGGAUUGUUUAGAUCGCACUAACACAGCCCAGUUUAUGGUGGGAAAAUGUGCUUUGGCAUACCAACUCUAUUCAUUGGGCCUGAUUGAUAAACCAAACUUACAAUUUGAUACGGAUGCUGUUAGAUUAUUUGAAGAAUUAUAUGAAGAUCACGGAGACACGCUUUCUCUGCAAUAUGGAGGUUCUCAGCUUGUCCACAGAGUUAAAACCUAUAGAAAAAUAGCUCCAUGGACUCAGCAUUCCAAAGAUAUCAUGCAAACACUCUCAAGAUAUUAUAGUAAUGCUUUCUCAGAUGCAGACAGGCAAGAUUCUAUCAAUCUUUUUCUGGGAGUAUUCAAGCCUACAGAAGGAAAACCUCAUCUCUGGGAACUUCCCACUGAUUUUUAUUUGCAUCACAAGAACACCCUCAGUCUGGCACAGACCAGGAGAAGCUAUACUUACUGGUGGACGACAGGUGUGCUAAAGCAUCUACCUCUUCCUUUUGAUGAAGUGACAUGUAUAGAAAACAGACGCAAGUUGACAGUGAAGAAAUUCCACAAGUAUGAAGAGGAAAUUGAUAUCCACAAUGAAUUUUUUCGGCCGUAUGAGUUGAGCAGUUUUGAUGAGACUUUCUGUUUGGCAAUGACCAAUUCUACACGAGAUUUUAUGCCUAAGAAUGUGGGGAUUGAUCCAAGUCCAUUUACUGUUCGUAAACCUGAUGAAACUGGAAAAUCAGUGUUGGGGAACAAAAGUAAUAGAGAAGAAACUGUGCUUCAGCGCAAAACAGCAGCUAGUGCUCCUCCACCCCCAAGUGAGGAAGCAGUGUCAAGUAGUUCUGAAGAUGAUUCUGGGACAGACAAAGAAGAUGAAGGUGCUGUUUCUCAACGUUCAACUCCAGUAAAGGUGACUGAUACAGGAGACAACACAAAAAUCACAGAGAAUGUAGUUCAAUCAACAAAAGAUGUGUAUGGAGUCAAUCUUUCAGAUGUUCCUUCAGAAGAUGAUCUUGCAAUAUACACUAGGUUUGUUCAGCUGGGACAGAGUCAGCAUAAACAAGACAAGAGCAGUCAGCAAAGUUGCUCAAAACUUCCCUUGGAUAAGGUUAUAAAUUUAAUACCCAUCUCCUCUUUUUCUCAAGACAAUAUUUAUGAAGUCCAGCCUCCACGAGCUGAUAGGAAAUCAAUAGAGAUUUUUCAUGCACACAUUCAGGCUGGAAGAGGAAACAUGCAGCCCCUGGGAAAAGAUGACUUCCUCAUGUACAGGGAAUACAUUCGAAACAGAUACCUGUAAAUACAAGCUGGAUUCUCCUGCCAAGCCUACGGUACUGAUAGGUCAUCAAAAUAGUUUUAGAAAGGAAAUCUAGUUUUGUUAUUUUGAAGUAAUAAAUUUAUUAUCUAAUAUUUCUGUUUAUUAUUUGUUGCUAUUAUCCAUUUGCAACAUCAUGCUUGAAAAAAGUUAUUUGAUACCUGCUUUUCUGCUGAAAAACAAAGUGUAUCUUCAAGGACUAAGUGAAUAAUCAGACCAUCUACAGUUGCUGAAGAGUACAUAACAAUUUAUGGUGAAGAAAAUAUUGCAUCUUUAGGUUUUUAUCUUAAUUUCUUACCUUAUUAUGUUGGCUAAUAAAGCUGAAGUGACUUAUACAGACAAUAGUUGUCUUCUUUGUUCCAUGACAGCAGUCUAUUUUUUUACAGCAGAAUGUUUUCUGAUAUUUCUUGAGAUUUUUAGCAAACUGAGUGCUAAAAUGGCUGCUUGUAAUUUGCUGCUUUCUUAAAUAAAACUGAAAAGUAUGUGACAUGUCAAAAUCAAAUUUGCAUCAAGAUACCCACCCUUUAGAUAUUUGUAAAUAUUAAUAAGAUCCCCCCUCAGCCUUUUCUAGACUAAACAGCCCCAGUUCCCGCAGCCUUUCCUCAUAUGAAAGACAUUCCAGUCCCCUGGUCAUCUUGGUGGUCCUGUGCUGGACUCUCUCCAGAAGUUCUCUGUCCCUCUUGAGCUGAGGAGCCCUGAACUGGACACAGGACUCCAGAUGAGGCCUCACCAGGGCAGAGUAGAGGGGAUGCAGAACCUCCCUUGACCUACUGGCUACACUCUUCUUGAUCCAUCCGGUCAUUUUUCUUGUAAGACAGGCAUUAUCCUUUUUGCAGCAGACUCCAUCCCUGUGUUUGUGCUCCUGUGAGAUACUUUUGGGUUCAAGCCUCCCAAGAAAUCAGUAUCUGUAAGUGACAUACAGAGACUGAAUCAGCUUGAGUCAUGCAAGAGGAAGCAGUGCUUGGGUUAGGCAGGACUGAACAUCGUGCCCAGUGCUAGGUAAGAAGUGGGAAAGCAGCAGGACUCUGAAAUUUAUUUAGUUUGGGCUUGUGAUUAAAACGUUUCUCAAACUUAAAAAAAAGGAAGAGAAGUCUAUUAUUUGCAAUUGCAAGCUAAAAUCCCAACGCUACUUUCUAGUCCUUUGCCUUUAAAAAUGCUGACAGUAUCAGCAGCAUCCUUGACAAACCAUGUUAUUCUGCAAGCUUCUGGUACAGACCAUAUUUUCUGGAAUAACUGUUUUAGAGAUGUCAGCCAACUACUUGUACUAGAUGUAGAGAACAUGUUUGUGUUCAUAGUAAAUCUCUUGCAGGCAGCUCCUGCAGAUUCUUGGCUGCAUGCUGCAAACAUAUUCUGAAUGUUUCAAUAUUUUAUGCAGUAAGUUGCCCUUUCAUCAGUAAUUCAAUAUAAGAAAAGAUGCAGUGGAUAAAGGGAAGAGAGAGAAGUUUCUUGUGACAGAAGUUCAUGUGUUUCGGGGAGUGACUUGUAUGCAGUCAGUGAAAGAACAUGGCACCUCAAGCUACCCUGUCAUU